AUAACAUGGUCGACCAUUCAUACCGGAACCAGUGUAUGGCUGGGUGUACAGUGUAAGUGUAUGGCUGUGGAGCACAGGAUAUAUCGGUGUAUAUGACUGGGACAUGGAGAAGCCGGCAGCACGGAGCACGUGAUGGCCUUGGCACGGCGCCGCAGACACACCUGUGACACAGAGCUGCCGCUGGUGGAAUAACACUCAGUAUUCAGCACGGUGUCAGAUCGUGAGACGACGCUUUGUGCAAAGCUAGAACCUGUAGGCUGAUGAUCAUGAUCCUUCUGCUGCUGCACACGACAACGCCCAUAUCUGCUGUCAUUAUUACUGUCCUAUCCCUGGAAACACUGCUGCCUUCUAAUUGGCCGUGACAGCGGAGGGGGCGGAGAUUCUCGUCUUCUUGCUGACAGAUUGGAUGAAGGUGGAGCAAGGACAGUCUCCCCAUCCUCUCAGUGCCGCACCGGUUCCUGCUGCUGCACGGGGCCGCUGCUGUCAUUAUUGCAUGUGGCUGCAGAGCUGGCAGGGGGACAGCGGCUGGAACAAUGCUGGGGAUUAUCAAUCUGCAAGGUCUGACCCGGGAGCUGACACUGUAUUUGGAGAGCCAAGUGCAAGUGGGUCUGUUCGGCUCCGGGGUGGGUUUGUCCUUGGUGCUGGGCUUCGGCGCCGCUUAUGCCUGCUACUACCUGAGUGCCAUUGCCAAGAAGCCCCAGCUGGUGACCGGCGGGGAGCCCCUGUGCCGCUUCCUGAAGACGUACUGCCCAGCAGUGACAGAAACUUACUACCCGACGCUGUGGUGCUGGGAGGGCAGAGCCCAGACAUUGCUGAGACCAUUUAUUACUGUCAAACCGCCUGUGCAUUACACCAAUGAACUUAUUAAAACAGCUGAUGGAGGGCAGAUUUCACUGGACUGGUUUAGUAAUGAUGAUAAUAAUACACUUUACCCUGAUUCUGGCACAAGACCUACAAUCCUUUUACUGCCUGGCCUCACAGGAACAAGCCGGGUAUCUUAUAUCCUCCACAUGAUUAAACACAGUGAAGAACUUGGAUACAGGUGUGUCGUUUUCAAUAAUCGAGGUCUUGCUGGCGAGGAUCUCUUGACACCCAGGACAUAUUGUGCUUCUAACACAGAGGAUUUAGAGGCGGUCAUUCAACAUGUGCAUAACCUGUACCCAGAAGCUCCACUUUCAGCAGCUGGUGUUUCCAUGGGAGGAAUGCUGUUAGUGAACUACCUGGGUAAAACUGGGCGUCAGACACCACUUCUAGGUGCAGCUGUGUUCUCCACUUGUUGGGAAGUCUUUGAAUCUGCAUUUUCCCUUGAAAAACCUCUUAAUUGGAUACUCUUUAAUUAUUAUUUAACAUCGUGCCUACAAGCAUCAGUUAUGAGGCACCGCAAUGUACUGGAAAAACAAUUUGACAUUGAUUAUAUCAUGAAGGCUAAAACCAUAAAAGAGUUUGACACCAGGUUUACAUCAGUGAUGUUUGGUUACCCAACAAACGAUCACUAUUAUACAGAUGCCAGUCCAUGCCAAAGGGUAAAAUCCAUUGAGAUACCAUUGUUAUGUCUGAAUGCUAUGGAUGAUGUGUUCUCCCCAGGGCACGUAAUACCAGUGGAAAGUGCCAAACAAAAUCCAAAUGUUUCUCUAGUGCUUACAGCCAACGGAGGGCAUAUUGGAUUUCUGGAGGGCAUUUGGCCAAGACAGCAGACCUACAUGGAUCGGAUUUUCAAGCAGUUUGUACAAGCAAUUUUUGAGCACGGAAAUGAACUUCUCAGCAUAACCAUUAUGUACACAAAUAAACAUUCCUCAGGGUUUUCAUAUACCGGUAGAUCAGUUACUCUGCCUAGAAUUGCAAGCAUUACCAUUAUACAGUGUGAUGGAUCUGCGUAUCCUGAUUUGUUUUAAUGUAAUGCAUGCUCAUGAGGGCAGUGUAUAAUGCAAAAAAUAAUCAUAUAUACAAUACAGGAAUGAAUAACAAACUGCACAGGCAUUCUGUAGACUGAGAGUAAGCAUGGAUUGUAGCAGUAUUGAUGAUGUAUUAACUUAUUGCAUAUAACCUUUGAGGUGUGGCUAUUAAAUAACGAGACUGAUGCUAGAAUUUAUAUUGAGAACAUUUUAAUGCUGUACCCCUUCUAUGAACUCCCUUUCUGCAUCCACACACCGCUGCAUUCUUAUUUUCCAUUGGUCAAAGCCGUGCUGUAGCUCAUUACCUGUCAGCUGUCUCAAUAGCGCCGUUAUUUUCUUCUUUACGUCAGUAACUGUUGCAAAACAGGUUCCCUUGAGUACAGAUUUCACUUUACGGAAAAGAAAGAUUUCACACCGUGCUAGGUCUGAUGAGAAUGAAGGGUGUCCUAUCACUGCAAUCUGUUUCUCAGCCAGAAGCUGCUUCACAGAGAGAGUUUUGUGGGCUGAUGGAGGAUGAAACCAUUUUUCUCGCCUCCUAAUUCUUUCCCGCAAAGUUUCUAGAACACUUUCGUAGCAAUGUUGGUUCACUGUUGCACGUUUUGGUACCCAGUUUGACAAAAUAACAAUUAACAAGCCUUUAAAUUUGAAUGUGCUUCUCCAUUCUUGGUGAUGAUAGUGUUUUCCAGUGCAUCGUCUUAGGAUUGUACUGGAAGAUCCAUGUUUCAUCACAGGUGAUAACUUUAUCUAAAAAAUGCAAAUUCACUUGAUUUUGUUCUAAAAUGUCUGUACAAAUUCACUUUUCGAUUUUCUUUUUGCUUCAGUGAGAAGCCUUGGAAGCCAUUUUGACUCAAAGUUUUGUCAUGUUAAGAUUUUGAUGCAAAACUUUCCUAAUCAUUUCUUUGCCAAUGUUUACCAUUUCUGCUAUCAUUCGGAUGCAACCGUCAAUUCAAACAUUUUUCAAAAUGUUUCCACAUUUACUUUGUUUUUAAUGUACAAGGCCUUCCGGGGCGUUCAUCAUCUUCGAUAUUCUCACGGCCGUAACUAAAUCUUUUGUGCUACUCAAACACACAAAUGACAUGCAAUCUGCUCCCUAAAGCCUCGGUUACCAUACGGAAAGAUUUGGUGGGUGUUUUGUUCAAUUUACCUAAAAAAUCUAAGUUAACCCCUUGCUCUACUUUUGAGCUAAAUAUUUUUACGACGCGUGGGAAAAACACAACUUCUUUGAACGCUGUGUGAUAGAAACUAUCUGUGCAAGAGGGGUGAAACUUGCAAAACCGUUUUGGGAUAGUGCAAGAUCAAUGUUCCCCACUCCCUUUUAACUCGCGCAUUAUGGUUUUUCUUUUUUUUUACAAAUACAGUCUCGUUAUUCUAUAGCCACACCUCAUACAAUGCAGCACUUUAUGUUGUUGUCAACCAUGUUCCUUUUACAUAUUUAUUUUAUAACUGGCUGAUAUAAAAUGCAUUUGAAAUAUAUAGAUCUAUUUUUAGUUUACCCUGUUCAAAUAAACAGUGUAAUUUUAAA